GAGACGGGAAGGUAGCCGAGUGGUGGUUUGUGGCAGCAACAUGGGGCGGAAUGCAAGUACUGUACCCACAUACCCAAAGUACCUAAGUACCUAGAUACCUUGAUACCUCCCUCCGCCUUGGAGCUUUUUUGCCUGCCGACCCGCGACCGAAAAAAAAGAUAGCCAAAAUAAUUUUGGCAGUCAACUGCAGUUCCAAUUGUCGGGUGUCUCUUGCACGCCGACGCAACAAUACAAUCGCACAACGUCCUCACCGAGGCUUCCCAGCAAACAUGUCAACAAAGCACGAGAAAGACAAACCGUGGGACACGGAGGACAUCAACAAGUGGGAGAUUCCCGCCUUCAAACGGGAAGACAAUGCCGGCGGCACUUUCGCAGAGGAGUCAACAUUCACAGUGCUCUUCCCAAAGUAUCGCGAGGUGUAUCUGAAGGAAGCAUGGCCCCUUGUCACCCGAGCGCUUGAGAAGCAUGGCAUCGCCUGCACAUUGGAUCUUGUGGAAGGCAUGAUGACUGUCAAGACCACUCGAAAAACAUUUGAUCCCGCCGCCAUAUUGAACGCGCGAGACCUCAUAAAGCUGCUCGCCCGGAGCGUCCCCGCCCCUCAGGCGAUCAAAAUCCUCGAGGAUGGCGUUGCAUGUGACAUCAUCAAGAUCCGGAAUCUGGUCGGAAACAAGGAGAAGUUUGCAAAAAGGCGCCAGCGAAUCCUGGGCCCCAACGGUUCCACAUUGAAGGCGCUAGAACUGCUCACAUCUACAUACAUCUUGGUUCACGGCAACACCGUCAGCGUGAUGGGCCCGUUCAAGUCUUUGAAAGAAGUCCGCAGGGUCGUCGAGGACUGCAUGCACAACAUCCACCCGAUCUACCUGAUCAAGGAGCUCAUGGUCAAGCGGGAGCUGGCCAAGGACCCAGCACUGGCCAACGAGAACUGGGACCGGUUCCUGCCAAACUUCAGGAGGAAUCUGAGCAAGAGGAGAAAGCCACACGUGGUUACCGACAAGAGCAAGAAGACCUACACGGCGUUUCCUCCUGCGCCCGAAAAGAGCAAGCUGGACCUCGAGAUCGAGGACGGCACGUACUUCAUGGGCAAGCAGGCAAAAGAGCGAGCUGCCAAGGCAGAGCGGGAGGAGAAGGCCAGGCAGAAGAAGGAGGAGAAGAAGCGGGAGCGCGAGCAGGAGUUUGUCCCCCCAGAGGAAGCUGGUUCGAAACCGAAGAAGAGGAAGAAGAACAAGGACGCAUCUGCUUGAGCUUCUCAAUUCACCUACUGGCCGGCUGCUCGGCCACCCACGCGAUACCCGGUCGAACCUUGGACCAAAUGUAUUAUCACCAAAUGCAACAAGCGAUAUUCACCGAUUUGAUGUGCCUGGACACGUUUUCACGACUACGCGGGCUUCAUUUGCGAGCAAUGCGGAUCCGUGGUGUGAUUCACAGUGCAUGCUUGCUCGGCAGGGCAGUACUGUACAUGAGGCUAUCUGUGACAAGCGCAACGACCGGGCCCUACAACUUGGAGCUCGGCGCGGCCCCCGAGGAGAUGUCGAUAACCAACUUGCCAAACUGCUUGCCGUCCUUCAUGUCGGCAAAGAGCUCGUCGAUUCCGUCCAGGUUCUUCAAGCCUUUGGCCACCCGGCUUAUGACUGGUUUCAGGAGCGGCCGUUCCCUGACAAACGCGACCAUGGCUCGGAACUCCUCUCUCGAGCCCAUCGUGCUGCCUCUCAACUCGAUGUUCUUCAUGACGGCUUGCAUGACCCACGGCAUGGUCGGGCCGGUGGUCAUCCCGUACUGAGAAACGAUACCUCCCGGCUUGAGCAGCCUGGCCGUCCUCAAAACGAUGUCUCCGCCAGCCCCGUCGAUGACGGCAUCCAAGAAAGGCCUCUCCUUUGGCAGGAGUUUCUGCAGCUGCUUCUCCCAGUCCUUGUCUCGAUACGACACACCGCCCUUGGCGCCCAGCUUGACGGCCUUGUCGAUUUUGGCCUUGUCGCCACUUGUGACCCAUGCAUUGCACCCGAGCGCGACGGCGAACUGCAACACUUGUAGAGCAACGCCCCCGCCAAUACUGUCCACGCUAUGAGUAAGGCGAUGCCCUCUUUUGGCGAGCCGUAGCAGCUGGGGAAGUGCGAGGGUGAAGCAUGGCAGAUUACGUACCCAGUGAUCAGGAUGUUGCGGCCACGGCUCGCGUUUUCUCCGGUCUUGGUCACCAGCGCUCUCCAGCCCGUCAGGCCCACGAGCGGCAGCGCUGCGCCCUCGACUGGAGACAGGUGCGACGGCGCGACCUCGACGUCUUCCUCGUUGCAGACUAUGUACUCUUGUGCAGUGCCCGCGUCAUACAUGGCAGUCCCGCCAAUUACGCUUUAUACUAUGUCAGGUCAAAUGUCCUGGGAGGGAGGGCUAGGGGUGCUGGAGAGGAGUUGAAUCAGCCUGUCAAUAAUGAAAACACACCGCGUACCUGUACUUCUUGGAGUCCUCGGGUCCGUCGGGAUGAGCGUCCCAGCCCCGCGCUGGGAACAGGAGGACGUCCUUGUCCUGGAGGUUGCGCACACAUUGCGGCCCGGACUGGAUUACCGUCCCGUGGCCGUCCGCGAGCAGUGGGUUCUCGAAUGAGAUACCGGGGUAAAGCUGCUGGCGGACGAAAAGGUCGCGGUGGUUCAGAGCUGCGGCAUUGAGGCGGAUGAGGACUUCCUUUGGGCCAGGGGACGGCUUGGGUACUUCCUUGAGCUGGAGGCUGUUGGAAAGAUGAGUAUCUCGGCACGGUCGGUAGUUUGUAGUACUGCGUAACUUACGGGUAGUAAACCUUUCCUGGCUUUCCAUCGAUCUUCUUGACGGUCAAUGCGAUGGGCAUAUUGGCUGCUUUGCUGGCCUGGCAAUGUGCGGCUGGGAUGAAUUGUACCUAGGUAUAAAUAUAAAAAAAAAAGUGAGGGCUAUCUUGGGGCCAGAAAUGAGACAAUAGUUGAGGCAACAAGA